ACUAUAAACCCCUCUACUCCACCCCUUGUACAACUCCCCCGCAAAACUCUCUCUCCUCUUCUGUCUUUCUCGCUCGAUCCCUCUGAGCAUUUCUAAUAGAAAAAAGAUGUGCCAGCUUACAUCCUCUCAUCACUCCUGCAAAUGUGAUUCAAAAGUUCCUUACCUUCUCUCAAUCAAAGACUCGGAAGGGUCCAAUAUUUACGAACUGUUUAUCCCCAAAAGUCCAACAUCGAAACAAGAAGAAAGGUGCCACUUAACAAUCCAGACCCAGAAGCUAGACAGGGCCCAUUCUGUCCCUCUUGCAGUCAAGGAAGCCACUUCCAUAGCUAAGAUAGCUCUUCCUAUGAUACUGACGGGGCUCAUGUUAUACUGCCGCUCAUUGAUUUCCAUGCUCUUUCUUGGCCGCCUCGGUGAGCUUGCCUUGGCAGGUGGUUCACUUGCCAUUGGCUUUGCUAAUAUCAGCGGGUACUCUAUUCUUUCAGGUCUUGCCAUGGGAAUGGAAUCCAUUUGUGGACAAGCCUUUGGCGCCAGAAAGUAUACCCUUCUCGGGAUCACGUUGCAAAGAACGGUGCUUUUGCUUUUGGUUUCCUCACUGCCCAUUUCUCUUCUAUGGAUAAACAUGAGGAGAAUGCUCUUACUUUGUGGUCAGGAUGAAACUCUAGCCACAGAAGCGCAAUCCUAUCUUAUUUACUCUGUUCCUGACCUCUUAGCUCAGUCUCUUCUGCACCCAUUAAGAAUCUAUCUUAGAACCCAAUCCAUAACUCUACCUUUAACAUGUUGCGUCAUUUUAUCCAUUCUUCUGCACAUACCAAUUAAUUACCUUCUUGUGUCACACCUUAAAUUAGGAAUCAAGGGAGUUGCUCUUAGCGGAGUAUGGACUAACUUCAAUCUUAUAGGCUCAUUAAUAAUCUAUAUCCUCUAUUUUGGAGUCCACAAAAAGACAUGGGGAGGAUUUUCGAUGGAGUGCUUUAAAGAAUGGAAAUCGCUGUUGAAUUUGGCCAUUCCAAGCUGCAUCUCAGUCUGCCUUGAAUGGUGGUGGUACGAGAUCAUGAUUCUUCUAUGCGGGUUGUUGUUAAACCCCAAAGCUACUGUUGCUUCAAUGGGCAUUUUGAUUCAAACAACAUCGUUAAUCUACAUAUUCCCAUCUUCCCUAAGCUUCAGUGUAUCAACAAGAGUUGGAAAUGAACUCGGUGCAAACCAACCCACAAAGGCCAAACUCGCCGCCUUUGUAGGCCUUUAUUGUGGCUUCAUGCUGGGCUUUUCAGCACUUGUAUUUGCGGUAAUGGUUAGGAACAUAUGGGCUAGCAUGUUUACAGAUGAUAAAGAGAUCAUAGCAUUAACUUCUCUUGUUUUGCCUAUAAUCGGGUUGUGUGAACUUGGAAACUGCCCACAAACUACAGGUUGUGGAGUUCUAAGAGGCACAGCCAGGCCAAAAGAAGGAGCAAACAUAAACCUUGGUUGCUUUUACCUCGUUGGUAUGCCGGUGGCAGUAUGGCUAGCUUUCUUUGCAGGAUUUGAUUUCAAGGGAUUGUGGCUUGGACUAUUGGCUGCCCAGGGCUCAUGUAUGCUGACCAUGAUGGUGGUCUUGGUUAGGACAAAUUGGGAUUUUGAGGCUGAAAAGGCCAAGGAGCUGACCGGAUCUGUAGUGGUUGUUGAUGACAGCAAAGAAGUUGGGCAACAGAAGCCACAGAAAGCAGAAAUCAAGGAGGAUUCUCUAGGCGAUUCAGAUCACUAUUGCCUCGUUUAAUUAAUCUUUUCUGAGUUUUGUCUAACCUGUUACCUGCAUAGCUUAAGCCGAAGGGAGGGAUAAAAAAGGGAAGUUAUUCAAUUUUUAUUUUCCUACAAGGGGCAAAGCUGUCAUUUAGAUUUAUGCCACCCUCCAUUCUCUGUACUGUACCCAGUUUUUAGAGUUAUAUACUAAACAAGUUCGAAAGGGAACUAGUAGCCAAUUUGAUUCAAAGUCUAAUAUUGUUUUAUUUAUUCUCUUGACUAUGAAGACAGUUUUUCAUUCUAAGUUUACAAUCUGAAGAGCGAAACUUAAGUUUCCGACUCCCGACGCCAAAAAUUUAGCAGCACAUAACCGUCGACACCACUCAUUCAGGCUUGCACAAAAGGAAUGAAUGUGUUAGUUUGGGUCCUUUUAAUGUGUUUCAUAAGGAAAAACAAAAAGUGUUUUCCUUGAAUGAGUUUGAAGCUGUCCAAAUUCAGCAUAACCAGGCAUGAAGAGUGCCAGGUGAGCUGCGACAUCAACCAAAUUUGAAAAUCAAAAUGAGGAUUCUAGAAGACGUUUUUCUUAAUUUGAUCGCAUGAUACAUGAGCAGAAUUGCAGCCAAAAACAUUUUCUACAACACAAUAGG